AUUGUGGCAACUGGUAAAUGCGUAAUUGACAGGUUGUGGCUGGACUCUGAGAAUAGGGUAUAUCUUAUUGAAGAGCUUGAUAGGAGAACGGGACAGGGCCAUUCGGCAAUAUCAGUAGAUGAUACAUUGAAGAUCAUAACCUGCAGGGAACAACAGAAGAGGCUAGCUGCACUUCAGACAGAGCUUGGAAAAGCCAGUCAGGAAGGUUUUGUAUCGAAGAAUCUAUUGGAUAACAGUGAGAGGGAUUCAAAGAAAAAGCUUCUAGCUGUUGUAGGUGUCUCAACAAAUUUUGGCAACAAAAAGAACAGAGAUGCGAUCCGCAAAGCAUGGAUGCCUACUGGUGCUGCUCUUAAAAAAUUAGAGGAGGAGAAAGGUAUAGUAAUACGAUUCGUCAUAGGAAGAAGUUCAAGUCGCGGAGACAGUUCAGAUAGAGCCAUUGAUGAUGAGAGCAGGCGUUCCAAUGACUUCAUAAUUAUUAAUGAUCAUGUGGAGUCCCCUCAAGAGCAAGCAAAAAAGACAAAGUUAUUUUUCGUUCAUGCUGCUGAGAAUUGGGAUGCUGAGUUUUAUGCCAAGGUCAACGACAAUAUCUAUGUUAAUAUUGAUGCUGUUGGAGCCGUACUUGCCAGCCAUUUGGAUAAGCCUCGUGUUUACAUAGGGUGUAUGAAAUCUGGCGAAGUCUUUUCACAGCCGGAAAACAAGUGGUAUGAGCCAGAAUGGUGGAAAUUUGGGGAUGGAAAAUCGUACUUCAGGCACGCUUCCGGUGAAAUAUUUGCGAUAUCAAAGGCCUUAGCUCAAUUCAUUUCUAUCAACAGAUCAAUACUUCGCACAUAUGCUCAUGAUGAUGUGAGUGCUGGAUCCUGGUUCAUCGGCCUUGAUGUGAAGCACGUUGAUGAAGGGAAGUUCUGCUGUGCUUCCUGGUCAUCAGGGUCUGUAUGCGCAGCAGCUUGAUUAGAUUGCUGUCUUUAGUAAAUGUGGAGAUCAUUCAUGUCACAAAUCAUUGUGAAGAUCUGUCUUUGGAAGACAGAUCAUCUUUGCCGGAGUUUGCUUUUGCCUUUUGGUGCCUGGGGCAAAGGAGCUCGAAGUUUUUGACUUCAACUGCCAAGAGCUCUAUGGUAGAGAGCACCUUGGUUUCGGACACACCGAGCCCUGGAGGAUUGUACAAAGGGUUUUUGGAGUAUAGGGACUAUAGUCGGAAAAAUUCAUUGUAUGGUGAUUUAUUUACAGAGUGACAUUGUCCAUUAUUUCAUCGUGUACUAUGGAUAUUCCUUUCUGGAAAUAUACAGUUCGGUGAUCCCUUUAGAGUGCGCUUCAAUAGCAAUUUGCAGACAAAAUGAA